AUGGCCACCCUCAGUCACGCCCGCUACGGCAAGGACAAUGUCCGCCUCCUCAAGACUCAGAAACACGCCGAUGGCACCCAAUCCGUCACCGAGAUGACUGUCUGCACACUCCUCGAAGGCGAUAUCGCGGCCUCCUGGACUCACUCCGACAAUGCCAACAUCGUUGCAACCGAUACCCAGAAGCAGACGACCUACAUCAUGGCCAAACUACACCCCGUGAACCCGCCCGAGCUCUUUGCCAGCAUUCUCGGCAACCACUUCAUUCAGCAAUACAGCCACAUCACAGCUGCGACAGUGAACAUCAUUGUACACAGAUGGACGAGGAUGGAGGUAGAGGGCAAGCCACACCCACACAGCUUCCUGCGAGACGGCGCGGAGACCAGGACAAUCGAAGCAGUGGCCCAACGAAACGGUGGUAUCUCCAUCCGCAGCGGCAUCAACGACCUGCUCGUCUUCAAAUCCACCGGCUCGCAAUUCUGGGGCUUCCACCGUGACGAGUUUACUCGUCUUCCCGAGACAUGGGACCGCAUUCUCUCAACUGCCGUCAAAGCUAACUGGAACUGGAAGACGUUCGCGGAUGUGGAAGAGGUGCGGAGAGAGCAGAAUCGCUUCGAUGUCGCGUGGACGGAUGCGAGGAAGAUUACGCUGGAGACUUUCGCGAAGGAGAACAGCCCCAGCGUGCAGAACACUAUGUACAUCAUGUCCGAGGAGAUCUUGAAGGCGGCGCCGUUGGUGGAGAGUGUCGAGUACAGCUUGCCGAACAAGCAUUACUUUGAGAUUGAUUUGAGCUGGUACAAGGGCAUGAAGAACACUGGUGCUGAUGCGGAGGUUUACGCGCCUCAGAGCGACCCUAACGGCCUGAUUCAGUGCACCGUCACCAGGCAGGGCGGAAAAGCGAAGUUGUAG